CCGUCUGGCCGAGGAGUGGCUGCAUGAAUUUUUUUACAAUCACUUUACUCCGAGUGUGGGUAUUCCUAAUGUGGAAUAUCCAGCAGUUAAUUGAAAUUAUUCGAAAGAAAAGGGAUGACUUUUUACCAAUUACUGAUCUCCGAAUUGUGUAUAAAAAGGACGGACUAUUGGUUUUGGACAAGUCGCCAGGGUUGCUGAUAAAUAGUAUCAAUCCCUGGUGGAAUUAUAUUACUCUCCAAACGCAGCUAUUCUUCUCAAUGCCCGACCUGGCUGACUUUCAGCUUGAGCACAUGUAUCGUUUUAUUAACCGCCUCGAUGCUCCAACGAGUGGCCUUAUCUGUGUCGCUUAUUCUCAGAAAAUGGCGGGACUAGCAGGACGUGCCUUUCAAAAUAGGGCUGCAAAAAAGCGCUAUCUGGCUGUAGUUUGGGGACAUGUUGAUGAUUCUUCCUGUCUUGGUAAGCCCCGACAACCAAGAUCCAAAUACCUGCCUCCAUUCACUAUCGAACACGGCCACGAUCCAAUUUGCACGAAGAUAGGCGAGAAGGAGUACCUAGUCGACUUUGCGAUUGGUAAGCUAAGUUUCACUUGGCCGAGUGGACUCAAGCAGAAAAUUAUGGUGCCGGGAUUCGCGCCAAAAUGCCAACGACCCAGGACUGCUCAAACGAAAGUGACGGUGCUCAAACACGGCUACUUGGAAGGAAUGGCGGCGAGUUUGCUCCUGCUGCAGCCACAGUCAGGUCGCAGGCACCAACUGAGGUUGCACUGCGCCAUCGGGCUAGGGGGUCACCCGAUCGCCGGGGACCUAAUUUACGGCCGCAUCUAUGGCGACAAUGACACUCAAGAGGCAGCUAAUUACCGCGUACCCCGACUGAUGCUUCACGCCUUGUCCCUGGACCUCCAACUAAUACCAGAUCCGCCUUCUGUGAAGGGCCUAAAGAAGCAAGAGAGGGUUAAUCGGUCGCAUCCCCAACCCCUCCAAUUGUAUUUCGAAUCCUCGCGGAACAUGCUAGAGCGCUGCCAUUGGGUCGAUCACGCGGUUUUUAAUAAAUUGUAG